CGGGCUCAGUGUUGACGACCCAGCGACCCUGGGCCGACAAAUGGCUUCGACACAUGCUGCGGGCGCGCGAGGCUGAUUGGCCCUCGUCCACGCCCGCGGCAACGAACGUGAUGGGCGACGUAUAUAUACCGCCUCUGGCCUGGCCUGGCCGAUGGCCAUGGCGUUGGCGAUGGCAUCGCGCUCUCUCCAGCUCGCCUUUCCUGCCCUACCAGCCACCCCGCCUCGCCGCCGCGAGCAUUGCAAUGAGAGAGUACCAUGGCUUCUCUUGGUGGUAACGUGCUGCCCCCAGGGCUGGACAACAAGAUGGUCUACGCUGGCAUCGCCGGCGUCUUCUGCUUCGCCCUCGGGCUGUCCAGGCUCCUCGCGGGCACCCGCCACGAGCCCGACAGCCCGGGCCUCAUGAGGUCGCUGUUGCUCUUCGCCUAUGGCUGUUUCCUGAAGCCGCAUGACGGCGAUGGCAAGGGAAGCCAACAGGAUGCCCUGGAGUCCUUCUACAAGGCCCAGGCGGGCAUCUAUGACACCACCAGGUCGGCCCUGCUCAAGGGCCGCGAGGACAUGCUCGCCCUCGCCGCCGCCCAGCUCAGAGCCAGGGCCGGGGGGGACAGGCCGCGCAGCCAGAAGAAGAGGGUCUGGGUUGAUGUCGGUGGGGGCACCGGUUGGAACAUCGAGGCCAUGGCCUCGUUUGUCGACGUCCCCCACUUCUUCUCCGCCGUGUAUCUGGUCGACCUCUCCCCUUCGUUGUGUGACGUCGCCCGGAGGCGCUUUGCCAGGCUCGGCUGGGCCAACGUCAAGGUCGUCUGCGAGGACGCCAGGCGCUUUGAUCUCCAGCGCCACGGGCACGCCGGCGCCGACCUGGUCACGUUGUCGUACAGCCUGUCCAUGAUUCCGGAUUACUACUCCGUCAUCGACUCCCUGGCUUCACUCCUGUCGCCCGGCGGCCUGCUGGGGGUUGUUGACUUCUACGUCCAGUCAGGCGUCGAUGUCAGCUUCCGGAACUACACCGGCGGUCUUGUCGGCCGCCAUGUCAACUUCUUUGGCCGCACCUUCUGGCGUGCCUGGUUCGACAUUGACCGGGUCGGCCUGGAGCCGGGCCGCCGCGACUACCUCGAGUACAGGUUCGGCACCGUGCUGAGUGCCAACGCCCGCAACAACGCCCUCGGUGCCAUCCCGUACUACGUCUGGCUGGGCUGCCACAAGAAGCCCUUGGCCUCCUCGAGCCUGCCCCACGAGAUCGUCGAGUACGUGGAUGCCCUCGUGACAGAAUCGCCCCGCCUCCUCCCGGCCAGCGCCGCCCCUGAGAUCCGCUCCAAGGCCUUCGACGCCGCCGCCGCCAACCUGUCGUCCAACCUGCCCCUGCCCGCCUUCUUCUACCAGCACCACCACUGGCGCAUCUACUACGACGAGACGCUGCCGAAGCACACCCAGUUCAACGACGACUACAUCUAUGCCUUCACCUGGGAGGACUCCCGCGCCGACGCUCGCAUCCUCAACCUCGGGUCCGACGAUGUCGUCCUGGCAAUCUGCAGCGCCGGCGACAACAUCCUGUCAUAUGUCAUGCAGGGCCCCGCCCGCGUCCACGCCGUUGACCUGAACCCCGCCCAGUGCCAUCUCCUCGAGCUCAAGGUCGCCUCCUACAGCUCCCUCCCCUAUGAGGACUUCUGGAAGCUCUUUGGCGAGGGCAGGCACCUGGGCUUCCGCCAGCUCCUGCUCUCCCGCCUCUCCCCCCACCUCUCCAGCCGCGCGCUCCAGUACUGGUUGAGCAACGCCCACAUCUUCACCAGCGAGCGUGGCCGCGGGCUCUACGACACGGGCGGCUCAAGGCAUGCAAUCCGCGCCAUGCGCUGGAUUGCGCGCAUCUUUGGCCUCCGUCGCUCCGUCGAGACAAUCCUGACGGCAAAGACGCUCAACGAGCAGCGGGAAACCUGGCGUGGCAAAAUCCGGCCCGUCGUCCUGUCCAGCCUCGUGAACCGCCUGGUAGUCAGCCACGAGUCCUUCCUGUGGGCUGCCCUGGGGGUGCCCAAGAACCAGCUUGCAAUGAUCGAGGCAGACCAUGCUCGUCUCUGCCGUGAGCACAACCAGCCCGCCCAGAACACCCGUUCCCAGGCCGUCUGGAACUACAUGCUUAACACGCUGGACCCCAUGGCUGAGGACACCCACAUUGCAGCUGACAACCCCUACUACCACGUCUGUCUGGCGGGCAAGUUCAGCCGCAGGUGCCACCCCGAGUAUCUCGCCCCGCAGGCCCACGCUCGCCUGUCGCGCCCUGGCGCGUUUGAUGGCCUCCGGAUCCACACGGACGAGAUUGACGAGGUUAUCGCCCGCAUCACGCCCGCCACGCUCACGGUCGCCGUUGUCAUGGACUCGAUGGACUGGUUCGACCCAGAGUCCGAUGCCGCCUCGAGCCAGAUCCGAAGGCUCAACCGUGCGCUGAGGGUGGGUGGUCGCGUCAUGCUGAGGAGCUCUGGCCUCAGGCCGUGGUACAUCAGCGAGUUUGAGCGCCAGGGUUUCACGGCAAAAUGCCACGGCAAGAGAGAACCAGGCGUGUGCAUCGAUCGUGUUAAUAUGUAUGCCAGCUGCUGGGUUCUGACCAAGCACCUGAACCUGCCACCGCCGACGCCGGACCUGGAUGGCGCCGCGGGCCCCGAGAUGGAGAGCCUGACCAUAUGAACAAUGAUACUUUGCUGCCCAAGUUGCCGGCCUCAUGAGGGUGUCCAGGCGGUCUUGUAUUGUUGUGUAAAACACAGGGCUUCAAGUUGAAACGUAGAGUGAUCAUAGCCCCCACAACGCUCUCCUGUCCCGGAAAGUGGUCAUGGCAGGUUUACGCUGUAUACUGGUGUUCGUGGAGCUUCCUCUGCCCACAAAGCUGGAAGUAGGGUGAUGAAAAGGUGUGGUGUUUUGUACAAUAUCACGCCUUCGUGGCAACCGGACUUGAACAGCCGAGUGUGCAAUUGUAACUCGGUCUUUUUGUACUACUGCCCUCCAAACAUCGCCGGUAUCACAGGGUGUUAUUAUUGUCAGGAUUAUUU